CUUCCGGGGCCGGCCGGGUGCCGCCUGCAGCCGCCGGGAUGCUGCUGCCGCGGGCGGGCGGUGCUGCGGGCCGGGCCUCGCCGGCGCUGGCCGCCCUGUCCCAGGUGCUGCGACUGGAGCGGAGCCGCCGCAGCGCCAUCGUGUUCCCGCUGCAGAAGCUGGAGCGGCACCUGGCGCCCGGCACCGACACGGCGCGGUUCCGCCUCUUCCAGCCCGGGCUGGCCGCCCUGCAGCGCGCCGAGGCGCUCUUCAGGUCCGACCGUGGGCACCCCAUCGACUACGUGAGCUCCGCCGUGCGCAUGGACCAUGCCCCGCCGCCCGCCCUGCCCGAGGUGUGCUUCAUCGGCCGAAGCAAUGUGGGGAAAUCAUCUUUAAUCCGGGCCUUGUUUUCACUGGCUCCAGAAGUGGAAGUUAGAGUGUCAAAAACUCCCGGCCACACCAAGAAGAUGAAUUUCUUCAAAGUAGGGAAGUACUUUACUCUGGUGGAUAUGCCAGGAUACGGCUAUCGCGCCCCGCAGGACUUUGUUGAGAUGGUGGAGGCCUAUCUGCAGGAACGGCACAACUUGAAGAGGACUUUCCUAUUAGUUGAUGGUGUAGUUGGACUCCAGAAAACAGAUCACAUUGCAGUAGAGAUGCUGGAAGAAUUUGGGAUUCCUUAUGUGAUGGUGUUAACAAAAAUUGACCGAGCUUCCAGAGGAGUAUUGUUAAAGAAUGUACUGGAGAUCCAGGAGUUUGUAAAGGAGAGCACUCAGGGAUGCUUUCCUCAGCUGUUCCUGGUCAGUUCUGUGGAGUUCUCAGGGGUUCACUUGCUCAGGUGUUUUGUAGCCCAUGUUACUGGAAACCUGCCCAGUAUAGAAGCCAGCUGAAAAGACCUGGUGAUCUGCUUGGCUCAUCAGCAAGAAAAGUAGGUGCAGCAGGAUAGCACGCCUUUCUUGCAGACGUUGAGCUGCCCCGUUCCACAGGGAUGAAGGAAAGAACACAUCUUUAAUAGGAACUGCUUUUCCAUGAGUGUUGGCUUGAAACAGAGCGGAAUAAAAGACUGACAUCUAGAGGA